AUGGGUAUAUUAGAAAAAAUUGCCGAAAUAGAAAGGGAGAUUGGUAGGACUCAAAAAAAUAAAGCUACCGAAUACCAUCUGGGAUUAUUGAAAGCUAAAUUAGCCAGAUAUCGUCAACAAUUACUUGAGCCAUCAUCAAAAUCUUCUGCUAAGGCAAAAGGAUUUGAUGUUAUGAAGUCAGGUGAUGCUCGGGUAGCUCUUAUAGGAUUUCCUUCAGUUGGCAAGUCCACAUUACUGAAUACAUUAACAGAUACUCAUAGUGAAUGUGCUUCUUAUGAAUUUACGACUUUAACAUGUAUUCCUGGUGUAAUAGAGUAUAAAGGUGCCAAUAUACAGUUGUUAGAUUUACCUGGCAUUAUAGAAGGAGCUGCACAAGGUAAAGGAAGAGGACGACAAGUUAUUGCUGUAGCUAGAACUGCUGAUUUAGUCAUUAUUAUGUUAGAUGCAACUAAAAAAGAUGUACAAAGACAAUUAUUAGAAAAAGAAUUAGAAGCUGUUGGUAUAAGAUUGAAUAGUAAAAGACCAAAUAUAUAUUUCAAGCAAAAGAAAGGAGGAGGAAUUUCUUUCAAUUCAACAGUACCAUUAACUAAGUGUAAUGAAAGAAUGGUACAACUUAUUCUACAUGAUGCUAAAAUAUUCAAUGCUGAAAUAUUAUUUCGAGAUGAUUGUACUACAGAAGAAUUUGUUGAUGUAUUAUUAGGUAGUAGAGUGUAUCUACCCUGUUUAUAUGUAUAUAAUAAAAUAGAUCAGAUAUCAAUAGAGGAAGUAGAUAGAUUAGCUCAUCAACCCCAUUCUGUUGUAGUCAGUUGUAACAUGAAAUUAAAUCUGGAUUAUUUAUUAGAAAUGGUAUGGGAACAUUUAGAUCUCAUUCGAAUAUUUACCAAAAAACGUAGUGAGGCUCCUGACUUUGAAGAUGGUUUGAUUAUGAGAAGAAAUUGCACAGUAGAGCAUGUAGUUCACUCUAUUCACAGAUCAUUAGUUGAACGAUUUAAAGUUGCAUUAGUAUGGGGAACAAGUGUUAAAUACAAUCCUCAACAUUGUGGCUUACAUCAUAAGAUGCAUGAUGAAGAUGUUUUACAGAUAUUCAAAAAAUAGAGUGCUUAGUACUUUCCUCAACUUAUACGCAAAACAUAAAGACUAAAGACUAUCCUAAGUGAAUUGUAGUUCCUGUUCUUUUCAAAUGAAACAUGUAUCAUUAAAAAAAUACGUUUAACUAAAACUUUUUUUUAUUAAAAUGAAGCAAAAGAUGUUAUGUUCUACUUGGUUUUAGCUAUACCCUCACCUGAAUGAAAAAAUAAUGCCAGAUACAGAUAUUGUCUUACUAUACAAAUUAAAAUGAUUUCUAUUGUUUUCUUGAAAAAUAAAAUUCAUCCAUUUUC